AUGAACGUAACAGCAAGAGAUCUCAAGUUCCUGGCUCUUGGAGCCGUGGCCUCGGUUGGACUUACGACCAUUCUAACCUCACAGUAUUAUGGCAACCUCCACCAACCUUGCCGGAUCAUCGACUCACCAUUGCCCUAUAUUCGGAAGAACCUGACGAAGCAGCAACAGGAUAGGCUUCCUCAUGCUCCUGAUGCUCUCGAGGGAGCGAGAGAUGUUGCAACGCCGUUUGGCAGCAUACGAGUCUAUGAAUGGGGGCCAGAGGAUGGCAGGAAGGUAUUGCUCGUGCAUGGGAUUAGUACACCCUGUAUAGCGCUAGUAGGACUCGCAGAAGAGCUAGUAACGAAAGGUUGUCGAGUAAUGUUGUUUGACCUCUUUGGACGAGGCUUCUCAUCAACCCCUGAUCCCAAUUCCCAACCACAAGACAUUCAGCUCUUCACAACUCAAAUCCUGCUAGUCCUUUCAUCGUCCCCAAUCAGCUGGACAGGAGAAAACAACCGAUUUAGUCUGGUCGGAUACUCUCUCGGCGGCGGUGUCGCUGCAUCGUUUACCUCGUACUUUCCCAAUCUUGUCGAGUCUCUCAUCCUCAUCGCCCCAGCAGGCCUCAUGCGUCCCAACCACAUCCACUGGACAAGCAGAUUCCUCUACGGCGGCUUCAUUCCUGGCAAACUAGUCGAGUACUUGAUUUGGCGACGUCUCGGCGGUGGCAAUGCUUCUACACCAUCUCGAAGCAAUGAAGAUGAUGACAAAAUCACGCCAACCCAAGCAGCAGAAGAGGAAACACCAUCCCAUCCAGCACUGACCCGCGACUCCUCCGCCGCAAUCUCCACACGCAGACCCUCCGUCAGUAUAGCAGACGUCGUAUCCUGGCAACUCACCCACCACGCCGGGUUCAUCCCCUCCUUCAUCUCAAGCAUCCAACACGCACCCGUCAGCAACCAACACUCAUCCUGGAAAACCAUAGCCACCAAUCAAUCAUCCCCUUCUCCACAGCAACGUCUUCUGGAGAAAAAAAUGCUGCUGGUGUUAGGCAAAGACGACAAUGUAAUCAUCGCAGACGAGAUAUCUGAGGAUGCAAAGGCGGUCUUGGGGGAUGCAGUUGACAUAUGCAUUUUAGACGGUGGCCACGAACUUCCCGUCACAGAUGCCGAUAUCGUUGCCCAAACGAUCGUCAGUUUCUGGAACCAGUAAAGCAGUAGAGGGAAGAAUUGAAACCGCAGCGGUGAGGAAGGAAGCAAGCAAGCAAGCAAGCAAGCAGCAGAGCAGGGAAAACUCUGCUCUUCCUCCACUUACCUUGCUGGUUUAAUAUGUAUGUACAAUAUACAAGAGAAAUGCUGUGUUCUAGACAUGGCGGGAUAGUUGCAUGAUCACAGUAGAUGUAGAAAUCUAGAUGCAAGGUGGUACUCAAG